AAUAAAAAUUUUAUACCAUUACACUAUGAGUUAAUUUUUGUGUAAAAGCUAAGAUAAACUAAUUUAACUAUAAACAAUGAUUGUAUUAGUUGGUUAUUUAAUAAAUUAUUUGGUAUUAUUAGUUUUAAUUAUAUUAAUUAAAUAAUAAUGUAUUAACUUAUAUUAUGAAAAUAAGACAUGGGUACUUUUGAAUCCCGACUCCGUCACUGCUUGGAUCCAAACUCUUUCAAAGAUGUACACCCAAAUCAAUCUAUAGUAAGUUAGAUUCACGUAUAUCAAAAUAACAUUCUAAUCCAGUCAACCAAAUCAUGUUAUCUCGUUAAUAACUUUUGUUGGAUGAUUGUUAUGGAAUCUACCAUUUUAAUCAUUUAUAAAGCACAUUUUAAUCAUAAAAAUAAAGUCGUGUUAUUUUCAGUUCCGUAACAAAUUGUGAACAGAAGAAAUUUUCCCAAGCAUAAUGAAGUAAAAAAAAAAUACUUGUGCCUCAAUCAAUGCAUGCAAAUACACAUAUAGCCAACAAAGAAACCAAAAGAACCUUCUAUGUUUUUGAUUAUAGUCUAUUUCUUUGCCUAUCAAUAUGUAUAAUAACAAUCCCAAAGUAAAGGUGGGAGUUUGAAUCGAAUUGGCUAGGAUGUAGAGAUGAAGUACCUAAAAGACAAGAUAAGCUAGUUAAACCAUAUAGAAUGCAAGCCAAGUUUCACCAACAAACUAUUUACUUGCAUGUGUGAAGAGGCAUAGGAUUCCCGAUCCUUUUCCCUUUAGCAGGAGGAGGAGCGUGCUUUUGUGAAGACAGUGGGAGUCAUGAAGUGGCCAUAGAAAGACACAUAUACACACACACUCGCAUAAAACAGAAACCCAAUAGGCCAAAGGCCUUUCGAAAAGGUGGCUCUAAUAUCCAAAAAUAGGGUACCCACAAGCCACAACAAUGGUGUUAUAUUAUAUAUAGGAAUCCCAAGCAAAUGCUCUGCAAUUUUCGGUUCCACACGUGGGGCCUUUCUCUUCUUUGUUUUUGUCCCUUCUUUUGCCUUGCUUUCUUCGUUCAUGGAAUCAAGGAAUAAUUUUGCUUUCUUCCUUCGUGUAAUGUUAGUCACAAAGUUUCCCCAAUUAAUUAGGAAAGGAAUUCAGAGGAAGGCAUAACGUUAACAAGCUUUGAAUUCAUGUUCAAAUUUCGUUGUAUGCAAAGCAAAAAGGCAGUUAGUAAACGCGUUGUGGGUUGAAUAUAAAACAUAAUAAUAAGUUAAUAACCAGUUUGAUAGCGUGGAUUAAUUGUCAGUACUGUGUUUCUAUUGAAUACAAUAUGUAUUAGUCUAACUAAUUGUUUACCUAUAAAAAAAUUAGUUUGUACCACAUUGAUUAAUUACCAAAAACGUAAUGGAUUUAAAAGACCAGUUUAACAUUAGUAAUUAAAGAGCUAUUUGGACCUUAUUGAGUUGGCUUUUUGGGCUUAAGUGGCCAAACCCCUAUUCUUGGCCUAGUGGUUGGCGCCUGGCGGCCAACAGGGGGUACCAAGCCGACGAAAGAGGUUUUGUAGGCUGAGGGUACCUAGCCUACAAGGCAUGCCUGGUAUCAAAACAUAAGACAACCUUGGUACCCAAGCAUGAAAUUUGGCUAAGUAUGGAAUCUUAAAGCAACAGGGUGUCAUACCAGCCAUAGCAACAGGGAGCCACACGACAGGGAUCAAGUCGACUCGGUAGGCUGAGGGUACCAAGCAUGACAAACCAAUCUGGCAAGGCUGGGCAAGCCUACCCAAACAUGAAAUUAAUUUGCCGGGGUACCAAGCUGGCAAGACAGCUCAGGUACCAAGCAUGGCAACUCGGGGUACCAAGCCGACGAAAGAGGUUUUGUAGACGAAGUCCCAAGACGGGCUUGGUGGCCUCAGGGUACCAAGCCGGCGGGGCGACAAGGUACCAACUUGAUGAGAUUUUAAAAACUAAGUAUGGAGACCAAGUCGACAAGGUUGGCUUGGUAGUAGGGGCUGAUAUGACUAGCUUGGUGGCAAGGGGUAUCAAGCCUUAGAGACAACAAAAUGAGACUUCAUCAUGGAGGCAAGGUUAAGAGCUUCAACCCCAUCCAGUCAAGACAAGGCAACACAACUCAGCACCAACCCUACCUGGCUUUCAGGCCAUCAAGUACCAACCAGUUAACAAGGUCGGGCAAGAGGCCCCAAGGUAAUAGGAGUUAACACCAAGGCGGCGAGAAUGGGUACAAAGGCGGUUGGAGCAACAGGCCGACUAGAAUUUACCAGGGCGGUUACCAAGGCAGUUACACCUAAUGGGUAUAAACAGGAGAAAUGAAUGUCAAACUUUUAACGCACAAUGUCAAACUUUUAUCCUUUCUCUGCAAACUAGCCAUAGCCAUAGUUUUCGGAGCUCUCACUGAACCUCCAUAAGAGUAGGUGUAAUUAACAUAGCUUGUUCCCAAAAAACAAUCAAAAAUAUCAAACACCCUCGUUCAAACAUUGUUCGGAGAAGAGUGAAUCGUGUUAAUUUUCGUUGUUCAAGAAGUCAAGGUGGAUUAAUUGAGUUCAAACACAAAAUUUUCCUCGUUGGAAAACAAUAAUCUUCUUGGCAAAAUGUUUGAGUGCAGCAAUGGAUAUGUUUGGGUUGAUGUCGGAAGGGCUCGUACAGGAGAGGCAAAAAUGCAUGAUCAAGGACCCACGAUGAUGCAAAGACAUUCUUACACCAACCCCGAUUCCCAAACACGAUGCUAACAUAUUUGUACAUGGUUUAUUUAGUACUCUUGGUCAAUUAUCUACUAGAUAAUUGGUUUGCGCUUUGCAGCCGUUUAUCUAAAAAUUUAUAUGUUAAUUAGAAAUAAAGAGCACCCUUGUGUUAAAUGAAUGUUGAUUUUAUUAGAGAACAAAAUAAAAUUUUCAAAAAUUGUUAAACCUUUGGGAUACGAAUAUAGUUUUCGAUUGGAUAUAACUAUAUUCAAACUUACGGACACACAUUAUGAAAUCUAUCAUAACGAAAUCAAACAUUAGUGGCCAUCCAAUCCCCAUUGAACUGUAUCUGUUAAUACUUAACAUAUAAUUAGAUGUUAAUUAAGUCAUUGUGUGUACGUUUCUAUAUGUAAUAACAUUUAAACUUACACAACUAACAUAUCGUAAUUGAUUUGGCCAAAACAAAGUAUACUAAUAAGUAGAAUAUAAAGUUUUCCUGUGAUAGUGACCAAGCCAAUUAACCUACUUUAGCUCGUUAAUAAUGAAUGUUACUUGGGCGUGAUUGGUUAGGGGUAAUUGAAAGUUACUUGGCGUAGUAAAUAUCAUUAAGGAAUGAGAAAACAUAUUUAUUCCAUGUAACCAUGCCCAUAUGCAUGUGAAUAUUAGUUUUAUCCAUAGCUAAUGAGUAGUGAUUUAAGUUGAUUAGUAAUUAAUCAUUACUUGAAAAAUCAGUGACCAACUCCCAAGGAUUGUAAUAUCUAAAAUACUGUUCGUAGUCAGGGGUGGAAGUUUGGUAUCCGCAUUUGGAAAACACCAAAUUUAUCAUUAUUUGAAUUUUAAUUUAUUAGUGAGUUUAUUUAUUUUUUUAUGAUUGACAUUGAUUUUUUAGUAGUAUUCAAUAUUCAAGAUAUGCAAUUGAAAUUGAUAUAUACCAAGAUAUCGAGAAUACAAAAAAUUUAAACAUGAUAUAGUGAAUCUUCCCAGAACUCAAAGAGCCCCAACCCCUCUGAAAUAAAUCUAGGUCAUUGUUCCCCAUACCAGAAUUUAUAAUUAACUAUGUGAUUGUAAGAAAUGACUAAUUGUUAUUCUCUUUUGUUCAAUGCUAAUGACGAAAUAUCUUAGAGAAUGAAUGGCUUAGUUGUAUUGAUGAGUAAUUAUAGUGAAACUAAAUUUAGAUUUAGAAUUAUCAGUGAUUAGUAUAUGUUUAGUCCAUUGUACAUAUGAUGAUAAUAAACAGAUAAUUCGUAC